CGGCCCAAAGGGGGCAGAGGGGUGGUGGGCUCUCCUCUGCACUGGGGACGGGCUUCUCCCCUAGCCCACCAUAUGGAGGCAGGGCGGGGGGGGGGAGUCACCAGGCGAGCUAAAAAUACCCCGGGCAGCAAGUUCAUCAACAAGCCAGGACCGGGUAAACACGCUGUGCAGCUGGCAGGAGGCCACCCGGGCGAGUCUUAAGGGAGGGGGGGGGGGGGGAGUGAGUCACUGGCAGGCCCUCUGCAGCCCCACUAGGCCUCACAGCCCCCCUCCCUGGCAAGGGGAAGGCAGGACCUCCCCUGGCUCUGCCCAGAGCCCCCCGGGCCCCGCUCCGCUCCCAGACCCCCUCCCCCAAAUCCGCAGCAGCAGCCGCCGCCGCAAGCCCUGGAGCCCCGGCCGGCCUGCUCGCCCGCCUCCCCCCCGGGCUCUGGGGCUGCACCCUCCAAGGCCUGGCCGAGGGAGAGGGGCCUGACCUGGCUUCCUGCGGCCUUCUCCGCCCUGGGGCUCCUCCCGGGCCGGGCCGGGCGGCCAUCUCUGCGCGCGGGCCGAGGAGGCUCUUCCGGGCUCAGCGGGAGGGGAGCUGGGGCCGCGCCAGAGCAAGGGCGGCGGAGCAGUGGCGGCUCCUCCCGGGCGGGCCUGGGCCUGGGCGGGCGGGCAUGGCUCUCUCUUUCUCCCCGCGGCGCCCCCGCCGCCGCCCCCCGCGCUUCUCGGGGCAGAGGCUCCGCCCCCCGGCGCCAGCCCCGCCCCGCCCCGCCCUCUCUCGCGCGGGGCAUUGUGGGCCGGCGUCGUUGGCGGCGGUUCCAAGAUGGCGGCCGCUCUGGGGCUCCUGUGAGGAGAGGGCGGACGGGGACGCGGCGGCGGCGGCUCCCGCCAUGUUGGCGCGGCUGCUGCUGCAGCUCCCGCGGCCGGGGCGGCUCUCCGGGGGCCGCGGCGGCGCGUCCUACUGCUGCUGGCGGGCCCCGGGGCGGGCGGCCCAGAGAGGGCCCUGCCGGGCCUUGCUCGUUGCCAGGUAACCGUCGCCCGCGCGGGGCAGGCCGGGAGCGCCUCGCCGGAGCCGCCUUGCGGGGCUGGGCGCCUUCCUCCGGCGCCGCCUCGUGAAGUCCGCUGCCCCGGGACCGAGGGCCGAUUCCCCAAGGGGGCGGGGAGACAGCAAGCGACCCCCCUCCGCCACGCAGCCUCGCAGUCGCCAGCACAGCGCCUCGGCCGAGCCCCCCACCUUCCCCCCUAGCUCCUCCCAGAGGCCCCUGGCAGGUGCAAGACGUGUAAAAACAUUGAAAAGAGAACUGCAGUGAACACGAAGCUAAAGAAAUCAAAACACACCAACACGCCCCCUUCUUCCAGAUAGGCUUCCUGAAAAAGCCUGGCGGAAUAGAAAGAUACUUGUCCCCUGGUUGAAUAUUCAGCCUUUGCUUCCACCUAAGAUCUCGGGGUGGCAAAUGGAGGAGGGCUUCCCACCUGGCGUCUUCCUGGCCAGGGGCCGUCUAGGCCUAACUAAGCCGUCCUGGUCCAGUUGCAGGCUCCCAAAGCAGAGAAAAGGACAUGCCACAGGGAGGCUUCUGCAGAGAAACUUCUUUCCUGAGCAAAGACAAUCUGAUUCAGCAGGAGGCUUUUUCUGUGAGAUCGGCUUCCUGCUGAAUGGACCUGCAGCUGCUGUCACUUCCAGUUAACAAAUGAGAGGCAGAAAGAAGCUUCACUGAGGCUGAAUAAGGGGGUUGCAUCCGGGGUUCCUACAUCCAGCCCAAAGGCCUUUGUGAAUCAGUCUGACUUUCCCUGCCCUUGUAGUACCUGGUUUGGUGGACUCAGCUAGGCCCCUAAGUGAGGGAUUCCCUAAGUGUCCUGGGGUGAGUUGUGCCAAUGACCCCUCAGCUUCAUUUUCUCACCUGGGAAUAACAAUAACUUGUGGAGUGAUUAGGAUUACAUUUUUCUGAUUUCUAUGGUAUUCAGGGGAUCGUACGGUCUUUGGAAGCAAACUGCUCUGUCAGACAAAAGCCUUACCUAGCAGUGUCUUCUUCAGCCACUGUCCUGAAUUGAGAUGAUUGGCUUUCUUUUCCUCCUCUCCUUGCAGGUACUCGGGAAGCCAUGCCAGGUUCUCAUGCUUCCUGCGGGCUCCCAACCGCUUGGCCAAGCCAUUCCCAGCCAUGCUGCUGCUCUUGCCCCGCAGCCUCCUCCCACUGGGCCGGGUGGCUGCCUUCUUGGCAGGGCCAGCCUUGUUGGGACUGGGGGCGGGCUUCAGGCGGGCCUUCUGCCAGGAGGUCCAAAGGAUUGAGGUGGUGUGUGUCCCCCCACCUGUGGAGAAGGAGCCAGACUUUAACUGGGCCAUAUUCUGGAAGUUCCUGCGCCCACAGCUGCUGGCACUGAUCGCUGCAGUCUUGGUGAGAGCCCCUUCCUCUUCUCCCAUUGAUGGGGGGGGGGUGGCCAGUUGUGUCCUGUGCAAAUGAUGGGGAAGGGUGUGGUCAAACUUUUCAGGAUGUGCACACAUGCCCAGACCAGCAAGCCCACCUGUGCAAAGGCUGACAAAGUCAGAAGGAAACGAAGCCCAAAGAAAAGUGUGUGAUGUGGGAAGGAGCAGAAAACCCCAGCCUGACAGUUUGGACUAGAGGGUGAAAUAACCACAGGCACAAAUUGUGUAGUGUGACAUUUCUGAGUCCAGCUGCCUUUCCUCACCUUGCUUUCCCCCCUGCCUUCAGUUUGCCUUGGGAGCCGCAAUGCUCAACAUCCAGAUCCCACUGCUGUUGGGCAAGAUGGUGAAUGUGGUAGCGCAGCACAUGCGUGUGGCCGAUUAUCUCCGUGUGGCGCGUCGACCUGCCCUGCGCCUGUUGAGCGUCUAUGGCCUCCAGGUGGGUGCUAGAGAGGAUCUUUCUGGGAAGCGGCUGUUUGGCCCCAAGCUCAAGUGCAGUUGGGGUCUGAGGGUGGAUUUGUGUGGGGAGGAGAUGAGGGGACUGAUGUGCAUAUAAACAACCAGGAGUCUUGUGGCACCUUAGAGACUAGCACAUUGUGCAUAGGUUUUCAUGGACUCAAGCCCUCUUAUUCACAUGCAUGAAGCGAAACCCUAGCAGGUAUUUAAGGGAUGAAUUAUAAGGUAAGAGCUGAGUGACAGUGAGAUGCAAAAGGUGCAGGUAGUGAUAAUUAGAACUUAGAUGUAUGUUAAUUUUGACUUGGCAUUGCCAAGUCAAAGGGCAGAGAACCAUUCACAAGAAACCCCUGUAGACACAACACGGAUAGUGUGGCACCGGUCAAGCUGUUUAAUUUCAUUUAUGCAUUCUCUCACCCUUCACCCUAAUGUCCCAGGGCAGGUUGUAACAUAAAACACAUUAAAACAGCUUAAAACAUUUUACAAUCACCAAAGGAGGUGGGUUCUAAGAAUAUUCACCUCAAGUGUCAAAAUCCAGGGUAAAGAGGUGUGUCUUCAGCAUUUGCCAGAAGCUGUAUGAUGAAGGUACCAGACACACCUCUGUGGGAACGUAGUUUCACAGUUUAGGGGCUGUCACAGAGAAGGCCUUCUCCCCCUUGCCACCCCCCUCAAUCCUCUGAGGGUGGGGGAUCCCUCUCUGGAUCUUUGCACCCCGAAGGGUCAGUAGGGAAGUCGGCUGUCUUUCAGGUAAUUGGGGCCUGAGUCGUUUAGCUCUUUAAACACUAACAGCUAAUUAACAGCUAUAGUGUGUUAAAAUCAUUUGUCUUGGUUUUGCACUCAAGUGAUGUUGUGCAUCUCUACAAUUUUUCAGGGGUUGAUGACCUUUGGGUAUAUCCUGCUUCUCUCCUGGAUUGGGGAGAAGGUAGCCAAUAGGAUGCGCAAGCAGCUUUUUUCUUCCUUCCUCAGGUAACUGGCCUGGGGGUGGGGGAAGGGUUGCUGUGGGGUGCAGGGUGGGGUGGGGUGGGUAGGUGGGUGAAAGAGAGAGAGAGAGAAGGGUGGAACUUGAGAUACAUCCAGGGGCUUGAGCUCUUCAAAAUAAGAGAAGUGGGGUGACUUGCCGCCCUCUUCCCUAAGGCAGGAGGUGGCCUUCUUUGAUGCCAACCAGACGGGGCAGCUGGUGAAUCGCCUGACCACGGACAUCCAGGAGUUCAAGUCCUCCUUCAAGCUUGUCAUCUCUCAGGUGUGGGGACUGGGCUGGUUCAAAGCUGGGCUUGGAUUUCCCGGGACAGGGUUUGGGGGGGGACUGGGACUUGAACAGUGCAUGAGAUGUUUUCCGUGGGGAGGUGAGUCUGGUGUGGGGCCAAGGGCUCUUUCCUUAAUGGCAUGUUUCUCUCUUCUUCUCUUCCCCCCCCCCCGACCCCGCUCCUUAGGGCUUGCGCAGCCUCACCCAGACUGUGGGCUGCUUUGUGACUCUCUACUUGAUCUCACCCAAGCUGACGGGAAUGCUAGUGGUGGUGAUGCCCAUUUUGGUGGGGGCCGGGGCCUACAUUGGUGGCUCUCUGCGCAGGCUUUCACGCAAAGCCCAAGAACAGGUAAGAGAAGCUCUGCCAGUGUGCAGUGUGGGUACUGAAGCCCCACCCUGGCCAUUGAAAACCCCCGCAAGUCCAUCCCCCCCAAUACUUUCUGGUCUGUGACUGAGCUCCUUUAUUCUCCAUCACGACUUUCUAGAAUUCUAUGUCGUUGCUUCUUUUUUGCUGGAUUCAGCCAAUUAUUCUAGGUGAAUGAGCUGCUUUUGUGUGCUGUCCGCCCCCACCCCCUCUACCAACCUCAGAGUGGCAGACUGGAGCUAUGGCGGUUAUUUGCGAACGAGAGAGUUCUGAUCUCCCCAUGUCAGCAAAUCACCCUGCCUGCCCCACAUUGUCAUGGGUUCUUUUCUGGAGUAGCUCCUGCCUUUCCCUCCCUCCCUCCCAUUUUUAAAAUACAUUCCUUUGUAAAGUGUCUUUUCCUUACAGUGCAUCUGCCUGGAACUGAUUCCCAGAGUUAGCCAAGCCAGGAGCCUCCAGGUUUGCUCCUGGAACUUGCUGACCCCCACAGUAACUUCUGCUUCUUUCUUGACUGCAGGUGGCCAAGGCCACAGCAGUGGCCGAUGAGGCUUUGGGCAACGUCCGGACGGUGCGGGCCUUCGCCAUGGAACCCAAAGAGCUCCAGUGAGUCCCUCCUCUCCUGGACUGGAAGUGGCCAGCUUCCUCAAAAUCCCUGAGGGGAACCCAAUAUGUUGGUAGUCCUCCCUACUCCCACCCCAAGGUGGGGAAUGCAGAUCAGCUAAUUGCUCCCUUUCCUUCUGUGUGAGAGCCCUGAGUGGGGCAUAUAGCCAUCCCAUAACUUGGAGGUCCUCUCCCCGCUUCGGUCCUCUUCUGCUGGCACUCUGCAGGUCUUCCAGUCUUCUCCCGAAACUGCUGGCCUGAGCUGCUUUCUCUGUCCCUUGCAGCCAGUAUGGAGCAGAGGUGGAUCAAGCUAGUCACCUCAACAUGAAGCUGGGGCUGGGCAUUGCCUUCUUCCAGGGGCUCUCCAACGUGGCCCUGAACUGUGAGUGGUGCUUGGGGGCCACUGAUGAAUCUUUGGGCUGUGACUUCACUGUGACGCAGCGGUUCUCUCCGUUGCUCGGCCCUUUCUGGGACAGCAUGCUGGUUGCUGGAGCAAAUGCACUUUAAACCUCAUAUGUUCUGAGCAGUUGCCCACUCGAUAAAAAUGCACUCCCCCCCGCCUUUUUAUAAGUUUCCCUAACACAGCUUUUGCUAACCUGGUGCCCUCCAGAUGGCUGGGUCUGAUGGGAUUUGUACUUCAAAAUAUCUGGAGAGCACCAAGUGGGCAAAGGCUGCCUGAACCAUCCCACCACCUCCACCUGCUGCCAUCUUGUUUUCUCCCCCAGGUAUUGUGCUAGGUACCAUCUUUGUAGGCGGCACCCUCCUGGCUGGGGAAGAGAUGACACCGGGCGACCUCAUGUCCUUCUUGGUGUCCUCGCAGACUGUGCAAAGGUAAGGCCCUAGCAGGCCUCCCAUGUGCCCCAGUGGCUGAUCAGAGACUCCCCAUCCCCCUGCCAUGUGUUCCGUCCUUUGCCCUGACAAACUCCCUAAUUGUGUUCCUCUAGGUCCCUGGCCAGCAUGUCCAUCCUGUUUGGGCAGGUACGUGGGGGGAGGCUGCAGGGUGUGGAGGGCAUACGGGGGCCUCCUCCUUCCCCACAAUAACUGGACACAAGCUAAAAUGCACCCAAGCUUUGUGAAAGGUGGUGGAGUAGUUCAUGUGGAUGUGGCCAAAGCCGCCAUGCUCCUGGCAGCUGAGCAUGGAGGGGACUGGGUUCCCCGAGAAACCUUCUCACAACCUGUGGCUGUUGUUCUCCUCCAGGUGGUGCGGGGGAUGAGUGCUGGGGCCCGCGUGUUUGAAUACAUGACUUUUCCACCGGAGACCGCAGUCUGUGAGAAAGAGCAGCUUGCCUGCAGCAUGCUGAGCGGGCGCAUUGAGUUCCAUGAUGUCUCCUUCAGGUGAGACCCGGCUGUGGGAGGUGGGUCAGCUGACCUCUCAGGAACGGAUGUGCUCUUGUGCACAGGGCUGGAAAAAGACAGCACCAAAUCUAUAGUACACAGACAGACUUGUUUUUCACUUGUCAUUCCAGGCAUUUUGUUUAUUUUGUAAAAGCUCAGUGGUUGGAGGCAGAUGCUUCUGAAUCCCAGGUGCUGGAAACCACAGGAGGGGAGAGGUCCUGCUUGAGUGUUCCUCACAGACCUCUGGUUGGCCACUGAGAGAACAGCAUGCUGGAAUAGAUGGGCCCCCUUUGGCCUGAUUCCUCAGACUCCUCCCAGUCACUCAAAAAAUCCCUUCUGAAGCUUACCAGGCAUUGUUCAGAUGUUAUCAGGCUUACCUCUGCAGCCACACAAGCAGGCAACUUGCUAAUAUUUUUCAUUGAGCAAAAGAUUCUCAGGGAGCAAACUCCUUUGCCAGAUACGAGGCACAGCAGUGGUGAAAUGUGAUCAUCUGCUCCUGCAAUAUGCUCAGCCCUUCCUGUGCACAGCCCCCCCCCUUUCUCCCUGCUCCACCACCUCAAGGGUCCUGCUCGCUUGCACUGGUGAAGCCUCCCUCCUCUGGGAUUGGCUCCUGCGCCAACCCUUCCCUCAUCUCUUUGUGUCCUUGAAUGCCAGUGGGAUCAGCCAGUCUCUGGGCUAACCAUAGGGUUGGUCCACCUCAAGGCCUGAUCUCUUUCUUCUCUUCCCAGCUAUCCCACCCGGCUAGGUGCCAAGGUCCUGCAAAACUUUUCCCUCACCAUCCCUGCUAACAAGACAGUGGCUAUUGUGGGGCCGUCUGGAGGAGGUAAGAGUCUCUCUCUUUUCCCUCAGCAGGGCCAGGUCAGCAAAGGCUUUACCACAUUUUGACUUCCCCGCCUGCUGGAGUGGUAGAGUGUGUCUGUGUCUCUUGGUCUUCUCCCGAGAUCUCGAUCACUGAGCUCUUAAUUUCGCCUAAGAUGGAACUAGCCAUUUGGUCACAGCAUCAUCGCGACUCCUUUCCGAAGUGCCUCUAAGGCUCCUUUCCUGUUGUAAAUCCUCUUGUGAGAUGCUUUCUCUUCACACAUUGCCCACCUUUGAUUUGCUCCUUUGCUAAACUCCACACUUGGUUGAAUUUCACAUUCCCAGAUGGGUCCAUCUGUCAGGACUGGUCGUUGUCCUCUUCAGAUCACCACACAAACGCUUCUUGUUCUUUUAUAACUUUUUAUUGUGUAUUAACAAAAUAAUCUUAUAAACAGUUCUUAACUAUUAUUCCUCAGAGUCACUUAUUUCAGAUACCUUCUGAGCUCUGCUUCUCCGUGACCAGCCACCCUCAAAAUGGCGAAGGCGCCUUUCCCUUCGUUUUCCUGCUCUUUUUUCUAACCUCCUGGCUAGAGCUGGUCUGUAUCUCCCCUCCUCCGAAUCUGAGCUAGAAGUGAACCCUUGCCUUUCCUGUGAACAGCCGGUCCCUCCCUGUUGUUCCUCUUGCUCCCUUCUAUUAGAUUCACUGCUCUCCUUCCCCCCUUGGGGAAUGCUUUCUCCCUCUGAGAAACUGGAAACUUCUAACUCUUCCCUGACACCAUCUGUGCCCUGUGUUUCAUGAAAACUUGACAGCUCGUUCACCAUGUGCUGUUUCAUUUGAGAAAUGGCCAAACACCUUGCUAACCUCUUCUGCUGAUCCUGACUGAAUAGUGCCAGGUCCUGGUCUCAUGGCAGCCUUUCUAUUCCUGUCCUCAAGUGCCAUCUGGCAACCAAAGUGCCAGCAAAGCUGUCUGUCUGUGUGUGUGUGUGUGUGUGGCGCAUGCUCUGCAUGGCCUGGGGAAGGAGCAUUUGGUGACUUCUCUUUCUUCUGCCCAGGGAAGUCUACUGUGGCAGCCCUUUUGGAGCGGUUCUAUGAGCCCACGGAGGGCGCAAUCUUUCUGGAUGGCCGUGAUAUCUGCACUCUUGAUCCCACCUGGCUCCGUGGGGAAAUCAUUGGCUUCAUUAACCAGGUGAGAAAUGUUGGUGGAGUGGAGGUGCUGGUGGCUGAAGAGUGGAGUGGAAUAGAGAAAUCGCCUGCAGAAGACUGAAAGCAGUGGAGUAUUUUCCUAAGAUGAAAAAAGAGGGCAAACAGAAGGGGAUGCCGCAUGCCGUCACAGAUCACGGGGAGAGAGGAAGUAGCUUUCUUUUCCCCAAACCACUAGAACAGUGAAGCUGAUUAGCAGAGAACCAUAAGAAAGAGAUUCUUUCUUUAAGUGGCAUGGAAUUAAUGUGUGGAAUUGAGUGUCACUGGCUGGUGUGAUGGCCACCAACCUAGAUCUUUUUUUUAAAGGGUUGGUUUCUUUUUCAUAGGACAGGUUUUUCUUUGACUGCUGAUUGUGAUAGCUGAAGAUUUAUUUAUUCGUUGCAUUUCAGAAUUUAUAGACAUACCAGAGUGAAAUUGUGCAUUCAGAGAAUACCAGGAUGCAGAAACGGAAUAUAAAACAUAGUAUGGAUAAUAAAACAGUAUUAAAACAAUAACAACAAGGAUUGAAAGCUGUGGGACUACUGUGGGAAUGGGACCUUUCUGCUCAGCAGCAGCUACCAGCAUGUGGUGGGGCUGGCUGCCUCUGCUGUGCAGUCUGCUUAGGGGCUCUCCAAACCAACUGGUGGUCAUGGGAGUAGCUGGCCACAUCCACCACCAGCCUGCUGCAGCAAGGCAGUACUGGUGGUCUUAAAGAAGAUGUCUUGGGCUGGAGUAAGAACAUGAAUGAUCUCACUGGAAGAACUUCUAGGGAGAGGUAGGAGGUGCUGGUGUUCUUGCUGAGGCAACAAGAGCAGCAGUUGUGGGAGAUGUUUUCCUUGGGCUCAAGCUUCUCCCUGCGUCUUGAGGCCUCACUCCUUCUCCUCCUCCUGCCCCAGGAGCCUGUGCUGUUCAGCACAAGCAUAAUGGAGAACAUCCGCUUUGGCAAGCCUUGCGCAUCGGAUGCCGAGAUCUACGCCGCUGCUCGCCUCGCCAAUGCGGAUGAAUUCAUCCGCAGCUUCCCAGAUGGCUACAACACUGUUGUGGGUGAGUCAAAGCAAGGGGUGGGGUGGGUGGCAGGCUGGGUAACGUGACUGCGACUAGAGGUGUGUUGUUAGACAAAUCUCUCCCUGCCUUCCCACAGCAGAGCUAUUAAGCUAACAGUUUGUGGUAGAAACCUACUAUAAUUAGGAAAAGGGGAGUCUGUGACCACUUAAUCCUCACUCAAAGGAGCUAAGUAAAGAUUAGACACUCUCAGAACAAAACUAGAACUUUUAUUGGUUUACACUCAGUAAGGUUCUAGCUUUGUGGUUACUUUUCUGAAAGGCACAACGCUUUGUUUCAAACAAACACUUUUUACAAAUAUAUUUAAGAUCUUCCAUAAUUUCAUGCUUCAAAUCUGUCACUGGACAGUUAAAUUAUUUGUAGGACAGCCGUUGUCUUACAUUACCUGGAAAAGACUCCUAGCCCCUUCUGGAAUCCUAACCUUCCCCUUGCUAGACAGAACCUUCUCUGCCCACAGACAAUCCCUAUCUGUAUCUGAGAGCCUAUUCAUUCUGACAGACAGACCUUUCUGAGUCUAUUCAAAUAGCCAGAGACACCUUUCCACCCACCCAGACAGAAAGUCCCUCUCUCUAAUCCCAGGUACCUGUCUAACCCACAGGCAGUUCCUGUCUGGUUCUUAAACUGAUGGCAUUUUGAAAAAACUCUACUCUCCCUGAUUGACGGAUCUACUUGCCAGCUUCCGCCAUAGGGUGGACAUUAAGGUUUCGAGAAAAUGUUUGUGGAGUGGGGCAAGAGACCUGAUUUGCAUUCUCUUAAACCUGGCAACCUCUCCUGGUUGUUCCACAGACUCCUCCUACUCCUCCUCGCAUCUUUUUUUCUGAAUUCAGGCUGCAGUUCCCCUCCAGCCUCGGCACAAGGCAGAUUUUGUUGUGCUUUAUUCCAUGUUAUUUUUGAAAAGUUCAGCUAAAUGACUGGUUCCUGCUCUAAGUGGGUUCACGAACACCUCUAGAAGACGAGGUAGAGGUAUUGGAAGUGGCAUCCUCGGGGCAACACAUUCUGGGGCUAUUUUGUGGCAAUUAUUUUCAUCUCUGUAGAUUUCUGGCUGCCAGAUUUGGUGUCACUUGGUGCCAGAUUCAGGCCUUGGCCACAAGGUUUUCCCAUGAUGCUGCAACCUCCUGUGGGAUGGAAAGGGGCACCUCUGCAUGCCCCCCUCCCUGUCCUGUGCCGCGCCAACUCCAGGGGAGUGGGCGGUGGAGAGGAAACAGGGGGGCCACGUCAAGAGGACACGCUUGGUUGUACUGUCUGUCUGCUUCCCCUUCAUCUCUCCCCUCUGCGUUCUCUCUCCCUUCCCAGGUGAGCGUGGGGUGACCUUGUCUGGCGGGCAGAAGCAGCGAGUGGCCAUUGCCCGGGCCCUCAUCAAGAACCCCAAAGUGCUGAUCUUGGAUGAGGCCACGAGCGCCCUGGAUGCGGAGUCGGAGCACGUGGUGCAAGAAGCCCUGGACCGGGCAGUGGCCGGCCGCACCGUGCUGGUCAUUGCCCAUCGCCUCAGCACGGUGAAGGAUGCAGACCUCAUUGUGGUGCUGUCAAAGGGUCACGUGGCUGAGGUGAGGCAGCAGGGGAGGAAGGCGGCAGGCAGCCUUGGCUUGGGGCCUCUCCCAGCUUGGGAAAGAACAAAGGGGGGCUGCUAAUGAGAACUGGAUUGGGGGGCACUUUGUGGAUUUCAGCAUCCUUGGGCCCCAGACCAAUACAGCUGGGCAUUCCUAAACCCACUGAUUUCUCUGGGCUUACAAAGGUUAGUAGAUAAAUAUCUUACCAGUAAUUCUGCAGUAAUUUUGCUGCAGGAUGUUAAUAGCAGAAUGCAAACUUCUUCACCUUCACUCAACACCAGCUUAAACAAGUGGCACAGAGUAUGAAACUCUGUAGCCGGGUGUGCAGCUCCUGCCACAGUGUGCACUUCAAGCUUUAUGCUGCCGGAUGGAGGAGGACUGCAGUUGCUCACCUCUCAGCAGACCACGAAGCUGAAGUCUGGCCCCAUCCCCUUCCUGGGAAACCCACUUUGUUAGCUUGCUGCCCCCUUCUGGCACCUGCACUUUAAGCAGGCACUGCGCCAUCUGUCCCACUGUGGUCUCCUUUGACUGGCAGCAACGCAGGCCGUUGAGAGAGGCCUUUCCUGUCCCUGCUAAGUGUGAGUGUGUGCUGCUGUAGGUACACAUACAUAGUUAUCGAGAAUAACAAUGUUUGCCAAAAGUGAAGGGCAAGGUGUACGGAAGUUCUGUGACAGUUUUGUUCAACAUUCAGGUGUAUACAAAACAACAGAACAAGCCUUCAGACCUGCAGAUCUUUCUCAGGUUUGCUGUACCAAAGCAGCACCUAUUGGGAGUGGAAACUGAUUGAGCCCUAAAGAAAUAGAAUAAAAUUUGCUAAUAAAUUAUAAAACAGCAAUUUCAUGCUGUUCAUCCCGGUUCAUUUAUAGAAACAUUUAUAGACCACUUUUCUGCCUGAAGGCAUUUUACAGCAAUUUAAAUAUUACUACAAUUAAAUAGGUGAGGAUUAAAACAAGUCAUAAUGAAACAGAGGCAGAACAGGCAAGAUUAAAAUGCACUAAAUGCUUGGUGUAACAAAAAUCUCUUGACUUCCAUGCUAGAGGACACGAUAGAAGGGGCCAAUGUAAGCUCCUCUUAUUCUUUGUAGGAGAAUGGUGCUUGUGUCGGAUCUAUGCAGCUCUUGGCACUUCUGUUGCCUUUGGGGGACUGGAAAGUGCUGCUCUUGUUUCCUGAUCUCCCCGUUUCUCUCCUUCCAGUCCGGGACACACACGGAUCUACUACGGAAGGGUGGCAUCUAUGCAGAGUUGAUCCGACGCCAAACCAAAGAUGGAGUCUGAAGCAGGAAAGCUUGUUUUGUUGCCCUCGAGGAAGUAUUACUGCCUGAUCUGCCCCCAUUUCACUCAGGAGCUUAUUUGGAUUCUGAUGCAGUCCCAGAAUUGGUUUGCAGGGGUGCAGAGGGCCAAGUCAGGAGCCUGUUGCCCUGGAAUCUGCCUAGUGUUAUAAAAUACCUCCCCCAACUCUGCUUGAGUUCCAGCACUGAACAGAGCUUUAUGUAAUUUAAACUUGUUUUUCAAAUACAGUAUUUUUGCAUUUGGA